AUGAAUCAACAACCCUUAUCGCCUGGAGCAACGUGCAAAAUGUUUUCAAAUUAUUUCACACACAAUGCAAAUGUAAUGCAGCUUGUGAAGCCGAGUCCAGAAAAUCCCUCCAGAUAUGAUUGUUUAGCAAACAUAAUAAACCUCAUGAAAAGCAUAGAAAAUAUAAUUUCGAGAUCUAUGGGGUUGGAUAAAUCAGUGAUCUCAAUUAUCAGCAGCACAAGCAUUCUGGAGUCUAGCAAAAGGUCAUCAUUAUGCAUUAGAAAGAAAUAG